CCCAGGUUGCAGCGUGCAGAAGAAGCGGUUUAACAAGAUGCUAACGCGUCUUCCUGCUUUGUGGUGAAGAACAAUAAAUAAAGGAAACGGUAGGAGGCCCAUCGUGGCGGAAACGUGUGUGCUCGUCUGUUUUAAGCCAGAAGACCAUGAAGACCAGAAUUGUGUUCCUCCUUGUCCUGGUUCGCCUCUUCCAGGCCCGUGCGGACGUGACCUUCAAGCAGCUGAGGGAGAACCAGACCUUGGAGCUGUCCUUCCCCCCCCAGCAGGACCAGGAGGAUCUGAGGAGCCUCCACCUGUACCACAGCCGAGGCCGCGCCCAGACCACGCUGCUGUCGGUUCGCCGAGAUGGCGGCGGCGAGGAGCUGAGGAUGGACCCCGACUACAGGCGGCGCCUGCAGGUGUCCGGAGGUCGGAACGCCUCGCGGGUGAAGGUGACCUUGCUGGGUUUGGAGGCAGGUGACUCGGGCUUGUAUGUCUGUGAGCAGGUCUACAGAGACAACCGCUCACAGCACACCUUCUUCACCGCUCACACGCUCCUCCUGUUGGUCACCAGCUCAGGGAGGGAGUGUCAGUGCUCUUCCAGCUACCCCCUUCUGAUCACCGCCAUCUUUUCAGUCACCUGCCUCCUUUCCAUGGUGCUGCUGUGGCUGGCCGUGGAAAGAUGUGUAAAGAGGAGGCGACAUCCCAGUGCACCAGCUGCUGUUCCAAUCUAUGAGGAAAUGAGCAGGAAGCAGCAAAAUUCCGGAAUAAUGAAUAAGCAGGAAGUGCCCUCACACCUGGAGGAGGUCACCUCUCCAUUGUAUGCCAACAUGAAACAAACACAUGACAACGCCUAUGCUUGCCCCAGACUCAUUGCCCUCAAAGCCUGAUGGAAGGUGGAAAGUGGAAAGUGGAAAGUGGAGACCCCCUUUUAUCCAGCUCUUUUAAGUACAGCAAUAGUCCAAGUAGAGCCUAUAAAACAUUACAUUUCAAGUUCAAGUUAAUGGAGCGCUUUUAAGAACAUUAAAAGUUUAAGUAAAGCCUAAAAAAAGUUAAUGGAGCGCUUUUAAGAACAUUAAAAGUUUAAGUAAAGCCUAAAAAAAAGAAAAGUUAAAGUUAAAUUUAAAGUUAAAGUUAAUGGAACACUUUUAAUAGUUUAAGGAAAGCCUAUAAAACAUUAAAGUUAAAGUUAAGGUACAGUUAACUUAAAUCAACUUUAAUGGAGCUCUUUUAAGAACGUCAAUAGUUUAAGUAGGGCCUAUAAAACAUUAAAGUUAAAGUUAAGUUCAAGUUCAAGUGAACUUUAACUUUAAUGGAGCACUUUUAAGAAUAUCAAUAAUUCAAGUAGAGCCUAUAAAAAACAUUUAAGUUAAAUCUAAAGUUAAGUUAAAGUUAUAGUUAAAGUUAAAGUUAAAAUUAACUUUAACUUAACUUUAAUGGAGCACUUUUAAGAACAUAAAUAGUUUAAGUAGCCUAUAAAAGAUUACAGUUGAAGUUAACUUUAACUUAAAUGGAGCACUUUUAAAAACAUCAAUAGUUUCAGUGAAGCCUAUAAAACAUAACAUUUUAAGUUACAUUUAAAGUUCAAGUUAAAGUUAAUGGAGCGCUUUUAAGAACAUUAAAAGUUUAAGUAAAGCCUAUAAAAAAUAAAAGUUAAAGUUACAUUUAAUUUUAAAGUUAAUGGAACACUUUUAAGAACAUCAAUAGUUUAAAUAAAGCCUUUAAAACAUUAAAGUUUAAGUUACAUUUAAAGUUAAAGUUAACAUUAAUGGAGCAAUUUUAAGAACAUCAAUAGUUUAAGUAGAAACUAUAAAACAUUAAAUAUAAGUUAAGGUAAAGUUAACUUAAAUUAACUUUAAUGGAGCUCUUUUAAGAACGUCAAUAGCUUAAGUAGAGCCUAUAAAACAUUAAAGUUAAAGUUAAGUUCAAGUUCAAGUUAAAAUUAAAGUUAACUUUACCUUUAAUUAAAGCACUUUUAAGAAUAUCAAUAAUUUAAGUAGAGCCUAUAAAAUUUUUUAAGUUAAACCUAAAGUUAAGUUAUAGUUAAAGUUGAAGUUAAAAUUAACUUCAACUUAACUUUAAUGGAGCACUUUUAAGAACAUCAAUAGUUUAAGUAGAGCCUAUAAAACAUUCAAGUUAAAUUAAAGUUAACUUAAAUUAACUUUAAUGGAGUUCUUUUAAGAACAUCAAUAGUUUAAGUAGAGCCUAUAAAACAUUCAAGUUAAAGUUAAAUUAAAGUUAACUUAAAUUAACUUUAAUGGAGCUCUUUUAAGAACAUCAAUAGUUUAAGUAGAGCCUAUAAAACAUUGAAGUUAUAGUUAAUUUAAAGUUAAAGUUAACUUUAACUUUAAUAGAGCACUUUUUAGAACAUCAAUAGUUUAAGUAGAGCCUAUAAAAACAUUAGAGUUAAAGUUAAGGUUAAAGUUAAAGUUAACAUUAACUUUAACUUAACUUUAAUGGAGCACCUUUGAGAACAUAAAUAGUUUAAGUAGAGCCUAUAAAACAUUAAAGUUAAUGUUAAAGUUAAUGUUAAAGUUGAUGUUAAAGUUAAAGUUAACUUUAACUUUAAUGGAGCACUUUUAAGAAUAUCAAUAGUUUAAGUAGAGCCUAUAAAACAUUAAUGUUAAUGUUAAAGUUUAGUUAAAGUUAACUUUAACUUUAAUGGAGCACUUUUAAGAACAUCAGUGGUUUAAGUAGAGCCUAUAAAACAUUAAAACUAAAGUUAAAAUUAAGUUAAAGUUAAAGUUAACAUUAACUUAACUUUAAUGGAGAACUUUUAAGAACAUCAACAGUUUAAGUAAAGGCUAUAAAACAUUAAAGUUAAAGUUAAGUUAACUUUAACUUAACUUUAAUGGAACACUUUUAGGAACAUCAGUAGUUUAAGUAGAGCCUAUACAACAUUAAAGUUAUAGUUAAAGUUAAUUUAGCAUUUUUAAGAACAUCAAUAGUUUAAGUAGAGCCUAUUAAACAUUAAAGUUAAAGUUAAGAUAAAGUUAAGUUUAACUUAACUUUUAUGGAGCACUUUUAGGAACAUCAAUAGUUUAAGUAGAACCUAUACAACAUUAAAGUCAUAGUUAAAGUUAAUUGAGCACUUUUAAGAACAUCAAUAGUUUAAGUAAAGCCUAUAAAACAUUAAAGUUAAAGUUAAAGUUAACGGAGCAAUUUUAAGAACAUCAAUAGUUUAAGUACAGCCUACAAAACAUUAAAGUUAAAGUUAAUUUAAUGUUAAAAUUAACAUUAACUUAAAUUUAAUGGAGCACUUUUAAGAACAUAAAUAGUUUAUGUAGAGCCAAUAAAACAUCAAAGUUAAAGUUAUUUUUUCAACAAUGCAACACACAAACAUAAGGAAAGAAGAACAACAAAAAAUAAUAAACAUGUGCAAGGGAUGACACUUGAAAAAUUUAAAUAAAAAGCUAAUAAAAAUAUGAAGCUACACAUUAUUUAAUUUUCCUACAUGGUAAUCGUUUUUAUAAUUAAACUAUUGACGUUCUUAAAAGUGCUCCAUUGAAGUUAAGUUAAUGAUAACUUUAACUUAAUUUUAACUUUAAAUUUAUUAGAGCACAUUUAAGAACAUCAAUAGUUUAAGUAUUGCCUAUAAAACAUUUGAACAUACAAUAUAUGUACUGUUUUAGUAGCGUUACGACGUACUCACCCGUGAUACUACAAGUCCCAGAGUGCAUUGCGAUUUUUUUUGGGUGCUGUCAGAUAUUAUCCCCGCUCCUCCGCUGGCUCUCAAAGGCUUGCGUCGCGCGUUUGACUCAAGGUUGAAUUGUAGUUCGGUUAACCAUAUAAGUGGCACACAAUGCAGAAUUCUAAGAAAAUAUCCUGUAUAUUAUACUUAUUAUUCGCUUAAACUGUGUUAGUUCGCUAGCUAGCUAUCUUACCAACUGGCCCUUACUUCCUGUGACUACGGCAGCCUUUGAGGGUCAAAUACGCGCCAGCUUUCGGACAUGUCAGCAAGUUUUUCUUUUUAUUAUAAUUUUCUUUUUUUAUUAUUGAACAGCAUAUAUUUAUAAUUCACACAACAGUCAAGGCACUUUAAACAACAAAGAAAGAAAAUUAAAGCAAGUACAAAUAGAGUAUUAAAUAUGACUAAAUAAUAAUAAAAGACAAAAAGGGCUACCUAAACCACUUUGAAUGCUUUUAACAGAGAUAUCAAUUUAAGGGUUUUUGUACAUUUAAUCAUUCUCCAAGAUUUGAUUGAUAAAUGUAAACGAUCAA